GAGCAAUUCACUUGGCUACUAUCUUUGAUUAAUGACGGAGCAAUUGACAGCACCCUCCUUGCCAUUUGUAAUCUUCUCUCGGCUUGUUUCUCCGUGUAAAAGGGGCAAUUGCACAUGGCCAACUAUCUGUUCUGUUACACAGGACUUGGCUCAGUCUUGCUUGGAGUAACAGGGAUGCUUUCCUGGAUCCACUUUUAUAAGCCAACAAGGCCAUUCAGCUGGCCGCCACUGGCUGACAAAGCCCAACUCUCUACAACUUGACCAUUUCACGAAGUCUGCAACAUGAAGGCCAUCCUUCAACGAGUGCUUUCAGCCUCGGUCACGGUGGACCAGGAGCUGGUUUCAUCGAUAGGAAAAGGCAUCUUGGUCCUGGCUGCAGUUGCGCCGGGUGACACUGAGAAGGAAGCUGAUGCCCUGGCAGCGAAGGUCCUCAAGUUGAGGCUUUGGGAUGAUGAUACAGGGGGCCGUUGGAAGAGGAAUGUCCAAGAUAUCAACGGCGAAGUACUAUGUGUAUCACAAUUCACGCUCCUAGCUUCUACCAAGAAGGGCAGCAAACCGGACUUCCACGGUGCCAUGGGAGGGGACGAGGCCAAGAGCCUCUACCAGUAUUUCUACCGCCGAGUUCAGGAAGGCUAUGCUGCCGACAAGGUGAAGGAUGGCGUCUUCCAAGCCAUGAUGCAGGUUGCCCUCGUAAAUGACGGACCGGUCACUCUUGAGGUCUCAGCAAGCCCUCCCAAGGAACAAGACCAGAAGAAGCCAAAGACCACAGAACCGCCCAAAUAA